CAGAUCAGGAGGGAAGUGAAAAGUGAAAGAAAAACUUAGAACAAAAAAAAAGCGAAUGAACAACAACAGACAAGGAACAGAGGAGUAGGAGUAGGAGUAGGGGCACAUAACCAUAACCAAAAUGGAGAGCUUUAUGAUGAUGAUAUUGAAUUGAACCAUCGAGUCACAGAGAGAGAGAGAGAGAGAGAGAGAGAGAGAGAGAGAGAGAUAAUAAUCUAAAAAUCUAAUAAAUCUUUAAUUCUUAGAGAGAGAGAUGGAUAAGGAAGGCGAAGACGCAGGUGGAGGAGGUAUCAAAAUUCCAAACCCUAACCCUAAUCUUAGCAAUGGCUCAGCGAAGGGAAAGUCAUGCAAGGGUUGCCUCUAUUACUCUUCCACACAGAAAUCCAAAUCCAAAUAUCCCACCUGUGUUGGCCUCUCCAAAACCCUCCAACAAGCCAGAAAGAUCGGUUCUUCGAUAUUCUAGUGCUACAACAUUCACAGGCUGAAUUGAUGCCUGUAUUUUCCCACACGAAAAAAGGGCUCUGUCUUUGUGGAUGCCCAGCUACAUUGUGGGAGAGACUGAGUUGGAGGCUUCUAAAGCGGACCGCAGCCUUACAGAUUUCAAGUAUGCUUGCGUAGGUUACUCGGUGUUCCUAGACAGAAAAGAUUCUCCUAGUGAUCAGCAGAAUAAACAAGCGGAAUUGCCGUUUUGUGUUGGUCUUGAGGUAUUGUAUGACAAAAAACCUGCAGGCCAUGCUCAGGCUGAUGCUCCUGCUCAUAAAAUUGAAGAAAAUGUUCGGCCGAUUCCUCAACCCCGAAGCUACAGACCACCACAUUCAACAGGAGAUGAAUAUCUCAACAGGUUUAAGAGGAAUGCAAUACUAGUAGCAUCAGGUGUUGCUAAGAAUGUGAAUAGAGUGGGACACUACAUCAAACAGAGUGUGGAUGACAUUCUAUACCCUUACCGUAGAAGACCUAAGUAACAAUUUUGAUUGUAUAAGUAAUUUAUAGCAUAAAAGAAGCCCAAUGCCUGAAAUGGCAUGAUCCCAGUUGUAUGAUUAAAUUGAAAUUUUCCUCCCUCCCUCUUUCUUCUUGUAUGAAUAAAUUAAUCAUCACAUGAA